AUGUACAUCACCCUACUACUACCUAGUCACCCGGCUCCCCGACUCCCUUCGCUCGGGGUUGCCCCCCUCCCUCCUUUUGCCCUCUGUUGCUUCUGCUGCUGCGGUCGACUUCGUUGGCUCCGAGUCGGUCGGCGCUGCGUCUCCCCUAGCGGGAGACGCCGCAACAGCAAGGGCAAGGGGGGUAAGGACGCUGGAGGAGCUGGCGGGGGCGCUGGAGGCGGCGGAGGGGGUGGAGGUGGCGGUGGGGGUGGUGGCGGGGGUGGGGGCUUCGGUGGCGGCGGUGGAGGAGUAGGCGGCGGCCGCGGCGGCGGCAGUGGCGGUGGGAGCGGGGGAGGCGGCAGUGGUGGCGGUGGCGGCGGCGGCGGUGGAGCUGGUCGGGGUGGCUCUGUGCAGCGGGGCAGCUUCGGUGGUGGUCAGCGCCAGCAGCAGCAGCGCACUCGUGAGACCCCGCCCCCCCAGCAGCUUCGUGAGUGGUACGCUGCGCGUCAGCGGGGUGGGGGUGCUGGUCCCUGUGCCUACGUCCUGCGUACCGGCGACCGCACUGGUGAGCCGUGCGGUGGCCCGCACACCACCCAGCGCUGCUUCGGCCGCCUGACAGAUGCCUGUCGUCUCCAGUUCCCUGACGCCACUGAGAUCCCUCGCUGGGGCGAGCUGCUUAGGUCGGGGGUUGCUAUCUUUGAUCUUGAUUAUGAUGCUACUCUUGCUGCCAUGUAUGUUGUGUCUACUAGUGAUGACGAUGAGUGUAACCUGUGUGUUCCGCCUGACCCGGGCAUUGAGGCUGCUGCUCUAGGUGCUGGUGAGGCUGCUGCUCUAGGUGCUAGUGCGUCUGCUGCUCCAGGUGCUGGUGAGUCUGCUCCCCCAGGUGCUGGUGAGUCUGCUCUCUCAGGUACCACGUCGGCUCAGGAUGGGGGGGUUGACCAGUUCACUCCUGCGAGUCAGCGAGUGACCCACUGCACGUGUGCUCUGACGGGCCGACACUUGGCCACGUUUAACCCAUCAGCCAGGGUCGAGCCUCACCACCGCCUUGGUCACCCCUCCCUGCCUCAUCUCCGAGGCAUGGCCUCCCGUGUCCUUGUCUCUGGUCUCCCCCGGUCCCUCCCUCCUCUUCCUCCGGGGCCUGCCCCUACCUGCGUUCCCUGCGUCGAGGGGCGGCAGCGCGCCGCUCCUCACUCCUCCGAGUUUGCUCCGACAGAGGCUCCGCUGCAGACGCUUCACCUGGACGUGUGGGGCCCCGCCCGCGUCCGUGGACAGGGUCACGAGCGUUACUUCCUGUUGGUAGUUGACGACUACUCGCGUUACACCACAGUCUUCCCCUUGCGCAGCAAGGGGGAGGUCACUGAGGCGGAGAGUUUUCCCUCUGACCUUCUACGAGCCUUCUGUCGUGCACGGGGCAUCCGCCAGACGUUCACGCUUCCGGCCUCUCCACAGCAAAAUGGGAUUGCUGAGCGCCGCAUUGGCAUGGUCAUGGACGUCGCUCGUACGUCCAUGAUCCAUGCGGCUGCUCCCCAUUUUCUGUGGCCGUUCGCGGUUCAGUACGCGGCGCAUCAGAUCAACCUUCAGCAACGGCUGUCCCCCCGUGCUGUUCCCUGGGUCUUCCUUGGCUUCCCCCCUGACGCGCCUGGUUGGCACUUUUACCACCCCACCUCGCGCCGUGUUCUGUCCUCCCAGGACGUCACGUUUGACGAGUCGGUUCCUUACUACUGUCUCUUCCCCUACCGCACUGCACCCCUCCCCCCGCCGCCGCUCUUCCUCGCGCCAGGUCCCCACCCGGUAGACCCCCUUCCCCCUCAGGUUCCUGCCCCCUGA